UCCCUCCCCUGGCAUGAGCCGGAGGGGCCCUGUCGGAGGUGGCUGUGCUGGAAAAGAGAGGAGGAGCUGGAAGGUGGCAUCCCAAAGAGCUUCUGCUGCCUCUCAGGGCUUCCACCUUCUCCUGAAGCAGCAGGCAUGGGAAGGAAGCUCCCCCUUGCUUGGACCAGGGAAGAUGCCCACCACAUGGGCUGAUUCCAGGAUCUGUGCCAACUUGGCCUCCCGCCCUGAGAAAUCAUAAUUAGGCAGCACUGACUGUUCCACAACUGGCAGAGGGUGCCUAGUAGCCUUCAGGAGAGGAGGCCCUGCGAUUGAUGAGUUUGCCUUGGGAGUCGGUGACAAGGUGAAACAGGAGGCGAACAUGGGUCAGAAGGUCACUGGAGGGAUCAAGACUGUGGAUAUGAGGGACCCCACGUACCGGCCCUUGAAGCAGGAGCUCCAGGGCCUGGACUACUGCAAGCCCACCCGGCUGGACCUGCUGCUGGACAUGCCCCCCGUGUCCUACGAUGUCCAGCUCCUGCACUCGUGGAACAACAAUGACCGCUCACUCAACGUCUUCGUGAAAGAAGACGACAAGCUCAUCUUUCACCGGCAUCCGGUGGCCCAGAGCACAGACGCCAUCAGGGGCAAAGUUGGGUACACGCGGGGGCUGCACGUGUGGCAGAUCACGUGGGCCAUGAGGCAGCGGGGCACACACGCGGUGGUGGGCGUGGCGACAGCCGACGCCCCCCUGCACUCCGUCGGGUACACGACCCUCGUGGGGAACAACCACGAGUCCUGGGGCUGGGACUUGGGACGCAACCGGCUCUACCACGACGGCAAAAACCAGCCCAGCAAAACAUACCCGGCCUUUCUGGAGCCGGACGAGACGUUCAUUGUCCCCGACUCUUUCCUGGUGGCCCUGGACAUGGACGACGGGACCCUGAGCUUCAUUGUGGACGGACAGUACAUGGGAGUGGCUUUUCGGGGACUCAAGGGCAAAAAACUGUAUCCUGUCGUGAGUGCCGUCUGGGGCCACUGUGAGAUCCGCAUGCGCUACUUGAAUGGACUCGACCCCGAGCCCCUGCCUCUCAUGGAUCUCUGCCGCCGCUCCGUGCGCCUGGCCCUGGGGAAGGAGCGCCUGGGAGAGAUCCACGGGCUGCCGUUGCCCGCCUCCCUCAAGGCCUACCUCCUCUACCAGUGACGCUCCGCCCAGGACCGCCAGCACGACAGCCACCUGGUGCCAACUCACCGAGCCGCCCUGGGUGGGCGUCCAAGCCGUGGGAGGAAGGCCCUGCUCCUCCCCUUCCUCCCGGCCGCCCCUCCGGACACGGACACGGACACGGACGCGGACAGCUCGGGACACAGGCUCCUCUGUCCCCCUCCCCUACACUGGCGGAAGGUCCCUGCAUGCCACAUCGCAGCCUCUUCUUGGAAAAAGACACGCGGUGGACUCCUAGGAAGCCGGCACUGAGCUCCCACCUGCUCUCGGGGUGGCAUGGGUUGCCUCCACCUGUCGGGUUCCGGGGUGGCGGCCGGCCAGAGGGGCCCGGGCACCGAGAGCAGAUCCCAGGGGUGCUAAGAGGUGCUCAGACAGGGCUCAUGUCGUAGGACCAAGCUCAGGACUUCAGAAACGCGCCGGGACAGGAGGCAGCAGCCAGAAGUGGACCUCCCACAGGCACAGGAGCGCCCAGCAUCGGUCCCGGCUGCCGGUGCCCCGGACCUUGUAUUUAUUCUUUUAACAAUAACAAAAGCCAUUUAUUUAUUCCAUUUAGAAAGGGACCUUGUUUCGGUCAACCCUCUGGAGUGUUCUCCUGCUUUUCUUCCACCUGCCGCUCCCGGCAUAUGUGCCUCACCUGUCCUCGCUGGGCUGUCUAUGGUAUGUCCCCACAUGGGCACAGGUGUCUUUGUUUGGGUCCCUUGACCUACAGUUUCCAGGGGUCUCUGCUCCAACUCCCGAGCAGACCCCUCAGGGAGCAUUAGCCUCACGUGCAGGAUGAGUGUCUUAGGGGUCCCAGCUCCACAGCUGUGGCAGCUCCCGAGUCUCCACGUAGCUACUUACACCUGGGCUCAUACGUCUUCGCAUGUGGUCUGAUCUCCGUAGUCUUCCCUGGGCUUUUGGGCGUGGGUUUGGCUUUGCUUUUGCCUUCCUCGCUCAGAUUGCCCACGUGCAUCCUCAGAAGCUCUGGCAUCCUCAAGAAGGGAGGCUGAGUGGGCCUCUGUGCCCUAAGAAGCCAAGAGCAGGGUGGGAUCGGGGAGACCAGAGCGGAGUCGAGCCUCACGGAAGCCCACGCAGGUCUCUGCUUAGUGCCUAGUUCAUCACGAACCCCCAGAGCCAGAGGGGUGGGGUGGGGCAGGGCCGCCAGCAGGAGAGGGACGUCCCCUCUCUGCCACAGCCCCCCCACGUAGCAGACCCCGGCCCCUGCCACCACGUUUGCCAUUUCUUUAUCUUGAAGUCAACUCCCGUAGAGUCUGACUUCAGUUCAUUUCUGUACAGGUACAAUAGAUGACUUUAUUUGUUUAAAAUGUUUAAUAUAUAUGCAUAUAUAUUUGUCCGUAAGAAUUAUGUUUUAAACAGCUGCUGUAGGGUACCUUUAAAAAAAAAAAAAAAAAGUCUUCCAGUGGAGUAUGUUCUUUAAAGCACAAAAUUGGUGCCAAGACUGGGUGAGGAAUGUAAAUUACCCCGUUAUUAUUGUGAGGUUGUUGUUUUUUUCAGGCGGGGGAACCUUACCUGUAAGACUUUGGAAGAUUUUCCUCACUCCUGUGUCAGGGUGGGUCCUGUUCUGAUGAAUGUUGCACACGAGAGAGUUUCACUUACACAGAUCCAGCCUUAUCGCCUUGACCCAGGGCCUCCCGCGGCCGCUGGACGCGUGCGGGGCUCUUGGUCAUCUCUUUGCACCUCCCACCCCAGCUCCCCAGCCCUCAAGCCCACCCUUCUGUCCUCAGCCCAGAGCCCUGUGGCCUGUACAGUUUCCAAAACUCCCAUUCUAUUUUAUGAUGGUUGAUAAUAGUCAGUAACCUAAUAAAGGAAAGUUUAUUAAAAUACAAA